AACAGCUUGUUGUUCGUGAAUCGGUGAGCAGCGCGAGGAGGACGCGGCCCCGGCGGAGAUUGAUCCCAAAAUCUGUCGAGCUGGACUCCCUCAAAUAACCAGAAAGAUGAAGGCAGCAGACGAGCCUGCCUACCUGUCAGUAGGGACGGAUGUCAGUGCGAAGUACAGAGGAGCGUUCUGCGAGGCCAAAAUAAAGACGGUUAAACGGAUGGUGAAAGUCAAGGUGAAUCUGAAAGGUGAAAGUACGUCUCAGGUGGUUCAAGAUGACCAAGUCAAAGGACCUCUGAGGGUCGGCUCCACUGUGGAAGUGAAGACUAACGAAGGUUUAUCCAGCGAGGCCGUCAUCAGUAAACUAACAGACGCAAGUCUCUAUACUGUUGUGUUUGAUGACGGAGACGAGAAGACGCUGCGUCGUACGUCUUUGUGUCUGAAGGGCGAGCGACACUUUGCAGAGAGCGAGACUUUGGACCAGCUGCCGCUGACCAACCCCGAACACUUCGGCACACCGGUCAUCGGCAAGAAGUCGAACCGCGGCGGCCGGCGUUCGGCUCAGGCUGUCGCUGACGAGGAGAACGAGUCUUCGUCCAGCGAGGAUGAGGAGGAGGAUCGGAGGAGACUCAACGACGAGCUGCUGGGGAAAGUCUGCAGCAUCGAGAGCGACGAGGAGCCACACAACUGGUUCCUGGCUCUGGUUGUGUCUCCCAGCUGUAAUGAUGAGCUGGUGGUGAAGAAGGAUCAGUGUCUAGUCAGAUCUUUCGGAGACUCCAAGUUUCACACGGUGGCGAGGAGACACGUUCACAUCGUCAACAACAUCAGCCUCAACAAGUCUGAGUUCACCCACAGGAGAGGUUUUGAAGCGGCCCGGGUCUUCCUGAGGUCUAAAGAUGUCCCCGAGGUCUGGAUGAUGGACAUGAGUCAGAUUCUGGACUCGUCCUCCAGCGAUGAUGAUGACGACGAAGAGGAGAAGGAGAGCGAGGAGGAAGAGGAUGAAGACGAGAAGAAGAAGAAGAAGCACAUAAAGGAGGAGCCGGAGGAAGAGCAGGACCCUGAGGAGAGAGACCACUUCCUGCAGCAGCUCUACAAGUUCAUGGAGGACCGAGGGACCCCCAUCAACAAGCCUCCUGUUCUGGGCUACAAAGAUCUGAACCUGUUCAAGCUCUUCAGACUCGUUUAUCAGCAGGGAGGCUGCCGCAAGAUCGAGAGCGGGACGGUGUGGAAGCAGAUCUACAUGGACCUGGGGAUCCCCGUCCUGAACUCUGCUGCGUCCUACAACGUCAAGACGGCCUACAGGAAGUACCUGUACGGUUUCGAGGAGUACUGCCGCUCCGCCUCCAUCACCUUCAGGACCAUCCACCACAACAACCCCCGCCCCCCCUCCACACCAGCCAAUCAGAAGACAGCGGAGCCUAAAGGGCCCCCGUCGCCGCCGGUGAAGGCGGAGCCCGACGACGACGACAAGGCGGAGGAGGCGGAGUCAGAGAGCGAGAGCGAGAAGGAGGAGGUGAAGGAGGCGCAGUCGUCCCCGAGGGGGAGGAGGAGGUGUGUGAGACCGGAGAGAGAGCCUCCCUCCAGACCAGAGAAGAGAGGAGGAGGAGGAGGAGGAGGAGAGAACAGCGAGGAGCAGAGGGAGGUGAGGAGACGCAGCAACAGACGGAUGGACGACUCGGAGAGAGGCUCUGAGGAAGAGGAGGAGGAGGACGACGAUGAUGAAGAGGACGAGGAGAGUGAGCGAAGGAGAAUGGACAGGAGCGACGAUGAUGAGGACGCCGACUCUGUGGCGGGGACGAAGGUGAGGGUGAAAUACGGAAAAGGAAAAACUCAGAAGAUCUACGAAGCUCACAUCAAGAAGACGGACAACGAUAACGGAGAGCAGUUCUACCUGGUUCACUACUACGGCUGGAACGUCAGGUACGACGAGUGGGUGAAGGCCGACCGCAUCAUCUGGCCGGUGGAGAAAGGAACGAAGAAGAGGCAGAGGAAGAAGGUAAAGCAGAACAAAGACAAGGACGAACCGGACAAAGACGACGAGAAGGCGACGAUGGCACCGACGAAGCCUCCGGGAGCGAAGCGUGGCCGUCCUCAGAUCAGGACCCCCCCCACCAGCUCGGCCGGCCGCAGCGUCUCCAACACGCCGAGCAGCGAGGGACGGUCCAACGGCAAGAGCAGCAAGACGGAGACGCCGCCCAACAUGUCCAACGGAGACAAUACUCCUCGGAGGAGAACCAGGAGGACGUCCGGCAUGUACGACUCCGACCGGGCAUCAAACGAGGAUUCUGGGAACUCGUCAGAGGACAGCGAAUCAGAAGACCCGCCUGACAAAAAGCCGUCGCCAUGGCGAGGAAGGAGUGAAGCCCCGCCCACCCAGGAGGAGGAGGAGGUAGAGGAGGAAGAAGAAGAAGAAGAAGAAGACGAAGAGGAGGAGGAAGAGGAGGAGGAGAAAGAAGAAGAAGAGGAGGAGGAGGAGCAGCAGCAGAGUGAGGUCAUUAAUGUCCCGCCUCCUCCUAACAACAAUGCUGUCGCCCCGGCAACGACGGGUCAGCCUCCCGCCCCUCCUGCCCCACCGUGUCCCAGCAUCCCUCAGGAGACAGUUGACAAAGCCUUGAGCCAAUCGGAGAAGACGGAGGCUGAGCAGGGGGAGGAGCCUGUGGAGGAAGCCGCCAUGUUGCCUGUUCCCGUGGAGACAGAGGACAAGACGCUGCCGGUCCCAAAGAUGUCGCCGAUCCCGAAGACGCCGCCGGUCCCGAAGACGCCGCCGGUCCCGAAGACGCCGCCGGUCCCCAAGACGCCGCCGGUCCCCAAGACGCUGCCGGUCCUGAAGACGUCACCGGUACCGGAUAAACCACAGAAACAGGAAGUGCUCGCCAAGACGUCUCCCAGCAAGAUGCCUCCUCUUCCUCCUCUUCCUCCUCUUCCUCCUGUCCCUGAGAAGCCGCCGUCGUCGUCGCCGUCCACCGACGUCGCUGAGGACGACGACAGCAGGUCCACUCCUUUGUCCUCCCCUAGGGUCAAAGGUCGCCGGACUAUCCUGAGCGAGGCGGGCUCUGAAACUCCUCCCAGAAUCCCCCUCUGCAUCCCCAGCCCCGCCCCCCCUGCCGCCAGCAGCCCCCCCCACCCGGCGGUGCUGUCGUCUCCUCCUCGCGGCGUCAUGAAGAGACAGGACGAGCCCAUGGUUCUCCUCCGCUGCCUCCCCCCGCCACGCCUCGCUGCCGACUCCGACACUGACUCCGCCUCCGAGGAGGAGGGGGGGGAGGAGGAGGAGGGGCCAGGGCUGACGGAGGAGCGAGGAGGCGCGCCGCUCAAACGGAAGGCAGUGGAGCAGCGAGCGUCGGAGAAGAAGCUCCGCCCAGACAGAAGGUCAGAGGAGGUAAAACCCGCCUCGCCUAAGAUGGCCGCCGGGUCGUCCCCCAAGCCCCUCCCCUCCCCGCUGCAGAGGAGCGACACACCCGCCAAGGCCGAGGAAACCACGAGGGAGGCGACAGAGGAGCGUCUGAAGGAGCCGGAGGUGCAUGCUGGGACGCUCCCCCGGCCUGUGGAGGCCCCGGGCCCCGCCCCUCAUGGCCCCAUGGACCCGGAGGCGCUGGUCUGCCACGAGGUCGACCUGGACGACCUGGACGAGAAGGAGAAGCCCACUGCCGCGGCUGCUGAACACCUCCUGCUGAUGAUGAGGGAUCAGCCUGCCCCCCACCUCCUCCUCGCCUCCCCCCACGCCCCCCUCCUCCCCCAGCCGCAGGUCAGACCCUUCCUCCCCGCCGCCCCCCCCUGCCCCGAGGAGCUCCGCCCCGCCAGGAGCACAGAGGAGGAGCGAGGAGGGGAGCCGGCGGGAGACGCAGACUCCAGCCCCGGGUUCGAUGGCAGCACCUCCUCCACCUCCACCUGCACCUCCUCCUGCACCUCCUCCUCCACCUCCCUGCUGGGCCUGCAGAAGAAGACAGACAGAGGUCAGAAGAGGGUGAUGGACUGUAACUUGAGUCCGUCGGCGAAGAAACCGAAACGCAACCAGAAACGACCAAAUACGCCCGGAAAGGUGGAGAAGAACGGAGCAGGGAUCUCCUUCCUGCAGGAGAAGCUUCAGGAGAUCAGGAAGUACUACCUGAGCCUGAAGUCUGAGGUGGCGUCCAUCGACCGCCGCAGGAAGAGACUAAAGAAGAAGGAGAGAGAAGUCUCUAACACCACAGCUUCGACCUCUUCGGGCUCCUCAGACACCGCUAUGAGUCCGUCCUCCGCGUCGCCUACUCAGAACUCAGUGGCUGUGGAGUGCAGGUGAUGACACGCCCACCUUGGCCCCGCCCACUCACACACCUGCCC